CGAAUUGCGACGGGGAAGUAAAUAAGUUUUCCGUCUGUAUUUUGGUCCACUUUAUGUGCUAUACUGCACAUCACUUACCGUUAUGAAAAAUACUAUGUCCACCUGUAUGUAUAUUAUAAAGUGCUUACUAAUUUCGCUCCGCCCGAGAGAAUUCGUAUUAUAUCUUCCGUGACACCUUGAAAGAAAAGGCUUGGUUGUGAUGUAUUACCUGUAGUUGAUACAGCAGUUUACGCUAUUAUCCCCAGUGAGACUAGAGGCGAUUGUUUAAUGCUUUGUGAUGACGAUAAAAGGAGGACAGUGAAGUGCAAACCGUCACAAUUUGGUUAUGUUGAUUUGCUUACCCGUUGUGAAGCGAUAACUUUUCUACAGGACGAUAAGGGACAAGAAGAACGUUUGUUAUGAUCUAAAGUAUCACUACCCCAGAUCGUAGAAUGGGUAGUUUUAUCGUAUUCCUUAAUACUUCCGAUUCAUGUUACCACAGACACAUCAUUUCAGGGAAUGUUUAUGCGGGCAUGAAAUAAAUGGCUGUAGAAAGUAUUCACUCUGCUUUGUGUAAUCAGAAUCGUUUGAGUAUUCGUAUACAGUAGUUCAUUCAGCUGCGUAGACCUGUAAAUUGUGUGUAAACAAAUUUCUAUUUAGUUAUGUGGCACAGCAAUGGGUGUGGAUGUAAUUAAAUUCUUUUUUAAAGAAAGGUAAUUUGCCCAGCAUGUGCUGCUAGGGUGAGUGCAAUGAUCACUGAAAACGAGUAUUACAUGACAUCAGAACUUACUGAAAAUUUAACAAGGGGGCUUAGAACUGCAAAGAUGGAAGGCAAAAAACGUGUUUGGAUAAAAAAAGAGGAAACAAAUGACAUAUCGAGUGCGGCAGCCUCCGUGUUUCUUCAAGAUCCAUUGUCAGUUCACAACCCCUGUGUUGAUAAAAAGGAAGAAUCAGAGCUACACUUGGAUAUGGAUGACUCUGAGGAUCAUUAUCUUGAAGACGCAUCGGUAAUCUCGAGGUCUACUGAAUCUAUCAAGGAGGAUCCAUCACUAAAUUUGGAAGCAGAAGAAACUGAGAAUUCUACAGACACACACCUCAAGCAGUUCGAGCUGGACCAGCUGGAGGAUGCCACGAAACUCGAAGAGGGUGCGGUUGUCGAGACACCGCCUCCGCAACAGAAGCACCCCCUGCUGUCGAUGCUGCUGCUUCAGCCAUCACCGACACGUCACCGACCGACGCCACUGGGUGAGGAUGCACAAUUACUGCACAGCCCAGGCCAGCGGCAAACCAGUGUGCUUCUCGAAGCAGUGCCACUGCGUGAUGCAGAACCAGGGUCGGUGGGGCUGCAACACCCGGGCACACCACCCGACACACAGUCAGUGUGCAUGUCACCCCCGCACGUCUCGGGCGCUGCCACUGUAGCCUCUGCCACCGUGCUCUCUGAUGAUGUGGAGUGGUUCCCACAGUCAGCUAUGCACUGUCUGGUGCCAGAUCAGCUGGACCUGCGACCCAACUGCACAGCGGACAAUAUGAUUGAGCCUGUGCUGGCCUCUGCCAGUGGGGUACUGGGGGCCACGUCUGCCUCCAGGGGCGACUGCUGUGGACUGCCGACUGAGCACGCACCACACAACCAGCACCGUGGCGAGGAGAAAGUGCCAGUGCGGCAGAUGUGUGAUGGCUCCAUCUCACACACAGUACAACAAUACCACAACCAGCACCACCACGAGCUGGUGUCGCUGCUGUCGCGGCAGAAUCCCUUAUCGGAUGCAUCCUCCUCCAGGGACAUCCUCAAUGAUGAGACAUUAAUGUCACUGUCAGCGCUUGAGCUCAACAAGAAGCUGCACGGCUACCCACGUGAAGAAGUGGUCAGAAUCAAGCAGAAGCGGCGCGCACUCAAGAACCGUAGCUACUCACAGAAAUGCCGCAGCAAGUGGCUGCAGCAGCGCCAGGAGCUCAGGGGCACUAACCGCGCUCUCAUUGCUGAGCUCAGGUGCCUCAGGGGGGAGCUGCUGCGCAUCACACAGCAGCGCGACCUGUACAAACAAUACCUCGAACAGCAGAUGCACGAUACUGUCUCUGCACCACCUCCGUGCCACGACACUGCCUCCGCCACCUCGCCUACCGCUGCCAACUUAGACACGUGUGAUGUUAGCGUGAGGUGUGAGCUGCCUGAUCCUGAAGUGCCACCACCGUGACAGUACCAUCCAACACUCUCUGUUAGCAGUGCAGGACACAGUAAAACAUGGACUCUGGAAUAUGGCACCUAUCUCUCUGUAGGCUGCCCUGACAUUCCCCCCUUACGGAAGGCAUGAGUGGACACAAUCAGGUCACCCCUUCAUUUCUGUCACUUCCCUGUCUACUACCACACAAUUCAUGCACCAACCUUUGUAAUGCGCCAUCUGGUUGGAACUCAAGAUCUAGCUCAAAACAACAAGGGAUCGUACUGUACCAAUGUCGCGAUGUACGGUUUUCUGCUGCUCAAAAUUGCUUGAGCGAACCAUUCGACCUAUACAGCAAGAAUUAGGUACAGUUUUUGUAUUGACAGUUGGUAUUAUGACUGUGGAUCACUAUCUGAUCACAGAAGAUUCCAAUAGUAGCCAAGCGUGUGGCAAACACUUGGAGCCUAGCUCAUACAGUAGUUGCACUCUUAGACAACGAAUUGAGGACAGAUCAACCCUUUCAUGAUUAGCAGCUGCAACGAUAAUAAACACUGAUGAGACAGCUUAUUCAAAUGCUAGAUAAUAACAAAUAGCAUUUUCACUUUAUUCAGAAUUUGAGGUCAUACAGCAAUGCUACUACGCCUCAAAUAGAUACCACCAAAAUAUCCAAAUGACACUGACAGUCACUAUCUACCAGCAAUGAUGAGACUAGCAGAAUACAGCGACAACACCUGUUAUCUCCAUAUCGUCCAAAACAAGACACCAAAAUUAUUUCAAUACAUUACCUGUUUAUAUUAUGUCAAGCUAAAUCGUAAAUCCAGCUUGCAAUUGUCCUCACAAACAACAACUUCCUUCCAGUGCAGAACAAUCUCUCUUUUAAUAACUUUUAACGUUCAUCUCGGGUAUUAAGUGAGUGCAAAGGCUGAUUCAUAUUAAACGUGUAUUUAGACAAUGUUUAUACCGGUAUAAAGAUAACUGAAGUGAUUAUUCUAUUUCUUUGUGUGUAGUCUAUCAUUGCUACAUAAAUAAUGAUACGUAAUGUAUUCCACAGAUUAACCACCACACCUCUGUGAGUAUGAUUGUUGACUUUUCAUAACAACUUCAGCUAACUUCAGUUCUGAUUUGUACUCACUUAGAACUUUUCUUACUUAAAUGUAAUCUUGUUAGCUUUUAUUAGUAUCGGACUCUUGUGUAGUUUGCGUAUACCAAUGCAAUUAAGUGAUUUUCACUGAAACCAAAGCUUCCUAAUACCAACUCGAGAUUAUGUUCCGCAGGAAGCUAGUAAUAUCUCUGAAACUUAAAUCUUUGCUUUCAUCGGAAUGCCAGUUUCUACUGAUUCACCUUUACGUAAUAAAACUGUUUUCAGAAAUCGUUCAUCAUUCAAUUUCAAACAAAAUAAGUUUCCCUUUGACUUUGAAAUUAAAUAUCCUUCAAACACAUCACUUUUAGAUUGACACUUAAACUUGCAGUUACAACACAAUGAAUUACAUGCAACAGCCACUAAGGGCACAGCCUCAUAAAGAUUUCUUUUGACCCAAGAAAAACUUGUCUUUAUUUGGGCUAGAUAUCUCAAUACAAGUUCAAAUCUCGUAAGUGAAUGAGUGACAGCAAAGACUACACACCCUCCACAGAAACGG